AUGGAUGUGAACAUAACAGCGAUCCUUAGUAUGUUCCUCUCCUUACUUCUCAUCAUGCCCGCCCUGUCCAUACCUCUAGACAGCCAGGAGACACAGGAGCACCUUGAGGAGAAAAGACCAAAAUACAUGGACACAAGGGAGCUGGGCGACAUGAUGCAAGAUCUCGUCUACAAUGCCUUAAAAGAGCUUGUUCGUAAAGGGAAAUUGAGCGAGGAAGUGUUCCCACCACCAGAGGGAUUCGUAGAGAACAGUGAGGCAGCUUCGGGCACAACCAGCGUGGACAAGAGGAGGCGCCACCUGUCAUAUUGUCUCCGAAGGAGUGGUCCCAACUUUGUGCCCUACCCAUGUUAUAAAUAUGGAGGCCGACGAUAA